UGUGUUCUUUUACAGCCUGAUUUUCCCUACAAAGAUGACCUCCUGGCCUUGGACUCCAGCUGCCUCCUGUUCAUUGUUCUUCUGUUCUUUGUCUUUUUCAUCAUCUUUAAGGCCUAUCUAAUAAACUGUGUCUGGAACUGCUAUAAAUUCAUCAACAACAGGAACUUGCCGGAGAUUGCGGUGUACCCUGCCUUUGAAGCACCUCCUCAGUAUGUGUUGCCAACCUAUGAAAUGGCAGUGAAGAUGCCGGAAAAGGAGCCUCCACCUCCUUACAUCCCUGCCUGAAGACAGCCUGCCUCUGUCCAUAAACCUCCACCAGCCUGCCGCCUGGUUUGUUUGCAGAGUGCUGCAGUACAGGGCUGUUCACACUUCUUUGAUAGAAAUGCUUUCUGUGUGUGUAAGCAUUUGUUUUCAGAACACUAAGAGCUUUCCCAACAUCUAUUAAAAGUAUUCUUUGUUGUUAAGUCUGUAUACUCUGACAUAGUUUUUGAAGACAAUCUAGAUUAGGUGAGAACAAAGUGCCACUAUUUUGCCUUUACUUGGGGGGUGGGGAGGGGUUCUUCUCCACGUAUUUUCUUUUUUAACUGCACUUUCUUUAUAUAAUAGUUAGCAUUUUUGUUCUAGCUGCCCUGGGUUCUUUCAGGAAGGAUGAAUUUUAAAUAUUCAGGGUGAGUGAGUUGGAUAUAAGACCUAAAGUUUUCAGAACGGAAACCGGAAAAGUGUGUAACGUUUUGACUUGACCAUGGAAGAAGAUGAUGUUUGCAUGUUUCUCAUUUGUAUGUUUCCAUCUUUGUGAUAAGAUGCUUUAAUAAAUCUCUUAAAUAUU